AUGCCAACGAGGAGCCCAUUGACGCUACUUUUGGAUGCCGUUUUGCUGGGAGAUGCUGACAGAGUAGAGGUUGCAUUGAGUCGAAUUAGGCCGCUGGUAAACCUAGAAAGUCUUUGUGGAAAUCCUCUUCAAUCGAUCAGCGCCCUCGAAGAGAUCGUCCAGGCUCUUAUGAUGCAUCAUCCACAAUUGGCCAAAGUUUCAACGUCUCGGGACAAUUCGCUACCUCUUCACUAUGCUGUGAGGAUGAAUAGCAUCAAAAUUGUCAGUCGGCUGCUCCAACGAUACCGGGAAGGAAUUUUCAUGCAAAACGCACAGGGAAAGACGCCGCUGCAUUUUGCGGCACGGGUCGGAAAGCUAGACAUGGUGAGGCAAAUAUUGCAAAUUGCCCCCGAGACAGCCGCCAUACGGUCCGAAAACGGAAAAUUACCCUUGCAUUUUGCCUGUCGGGAAGGGCAUUUGGAAAUCGCAAAAGAGCUCUUGCAGGUUCAUCCCCAAGGAGCUAGCUGGCAAACCGACAAGUGCAAGGUGGCCCUCCAUUUUGCGGCUCGAUGGGGUCAUAUAGAAAUAGCCAAGGAACUCUUGCGUGUUUAUCCACAAGGUGUUUCGAUUUUGGAUUACGAAGGCAGUCUGCCGUUACACGAUGCCACCCGGCAAGGUCAAACGAGAAUGGCCAAGUAUCUAGCUCCUUUGUACUUGAAAGGACUCGAACUUGAGAAUGUUCGAGGAGAAACCCCGCUGUUCACAGCCGUAAGAAGUGGAAACUAUGAAUUGUCUUCCUUUCUCCUACGAGCAUGGCCGGAAGGGGGGAAACAUGUUUUGCAAAGUGCCUGUUUUGAUGAUCGAGUAGGCACCUGGGAGCCAGGACUACUCAACAUGUGUUUGUUUGGAGCAUCCAUGGAAAAAGGAGGAGGAGCAAAUACUACUGUCGACAUCAAGUGCCACGGCAUUGCAAAUUCUACUACUACUAGUAGUACUAGUAGUAGUACUAGUAGCAUAAGUAGUGGUAGUGGUAGCAGCAGAACGUUCACCUCGUCCCGGGUUUUGGCUCCAAUGCCGCACGACAAGGUUACUAACAAGCGGUCUGCUCCCAUUAGCAGCAAUCAUGGUAUUGCGGCGAAACGACGUUAUUUGGAAAAGAACGAAAAUAAUUACCGUGGUAGUGAUGAUCACCAACAGCUUUCAUCUACUUCGUCCACCAACAACGAACAACAGCAACAACAACAACCGCCACAAAUCUCGGCCUUUUUACCGUUGCACGCCGCAUUGGAAUGCGGAGCGUCUCCCGCAGUCUUGAAUUACAUUCUACAAAAGGGAACCAAUCAAUUGAUGGAACGAAAUAGGAUGGGAAUGUUGCCCCUGCAUUUGGCGGCUGCUUACUUCAAGGAAGAAAGUCUACCAAUCAUUCUCAAUGUCCUUUGGAAACAUUACGAACAGGCAUCCAGUGUUCGUGAUAAUUUGGGGCGAUUGCCACUGCAUUUGGCACUCCAAGCGAGGGCCGAUUGUCGAUUGGUCGAAUGUUUGUUGCAUUCUGCAACGGCAAGUACUAGUGGUAGUAGCACUGGUAAUGCCAAAGAAGAUCACGAUGCUCCAGAUACUACAACGAUGAGUACUACCAACAACGACAACAACAACAACAACAAUAACUCUUCCAGCACCAACUCGGCGAUGGUGGACGAGUACCCAUUGUUCAUGGCUACCGAAUAUGGAUGUGACUUGAGCACUAUAUUUCUAUUACUCCGAGAAGAUCCCACUGUGUUGAAAAAUGCUUCCCCCAUAUGA